AUGGCAUGGCCCAGUCUAAGGACAGCAUCAGCGUUGCUGUGUGCGUUCCUGACAUUCGGCACACCGGGCUCAGCUCUGAACUCUGAUGUAUUCCUUUCAGAGCUCAACCGUUGUCCAGCAACGUGUCCAAGCCGAAACCCUCAAGACUGGACGGCCUAUGCCUCCUUCGACCGGCUGGCGUUGUGCGAUGAACCGAUGUUUUUUGACUUUGCGAUUCACACUCCGGUUAAUGACGCUUCCAGGAGCCUGAAGUUCCGUGCUUGCACAGCUAGGAAUGGCUUGAAUGAAAGCAGCAACGUCAAGGCUACCGGUGACUCGGUUGAUUCGGUAUACCAUAGCAGCCAUGUUCGCGAGAGCAAGGUUACCAUGCAAAUCACUGAGCAUGUUGCCGCUCAAAAUACCGAGGGUGUCUUAUCCAGAGAUACCAGCCAGCAAGCCCGCGCCGCCCUUGAGCAUGUCCAAGAGUACCUAGAGGCAGGCACAGACUGCACUAAGAACAUCAUGCUGGGCUACUACAACGGAGUGAUUGUCGGUGUCUACACAGGCCAGGCACUUGGAAAAGCCACAGCGCCCUCGGGAACCGGUGAACUCCUGUCUAGGCUUGAUAAGACUUCCUCUACCACCGUCCUACAGCUCUGCGGCAACCAGCGUGAUGCAGACCACAUCCUUGGUAUUGCGGUCUCGCCUGUCGCAGAUCUAUCCUCCGUACAGAAAGCACUGGUUUCGUGGAGUAAAGGCAACUGCUCGAGCGGCAGCGGUAGAGGUGGCGGCAAAGUAAGCUCGGUGUCACUCAGUGCCUGGGAGGUACCACAACGUCAAGCAGGAUCCCACUCUGUGCCGUCAAACUCUACGUCAAGCUCUACGACGACCUAUACAUCCUCCCGGACGCGGGGCCCCAUGGUUCGCGACGGCACAAAGUACUGCAAAAAGAAGACGGUGGCCUCCGGCGACACCUGCACAUCCCUCGCCAAAGACUGUGGCAUCUCCCUCAAAGAGUUCUACAAAUACAACUCCAAAGACACCUGCGAUGACCUCAAGGCCGACUCAAAGGUCUGCUGCACAGCUGGCUCACUAACGCCGCAGCCAUACAGCAACGGCACUUGCUAUACAUACACGACCCAGACCGACGACAAUUGCUACAAAAUUGGCGUCGACUGGAGCUUAACAGCCGACGACCUGGCAGACUUCAACGACGGCACGACCUGGGGCUGGACUGGCUGCGACGAUCUUGCUGCCGGGCAGAACAUCUGCCUCAGCAAGGGUAGCCCUCCCAUGCCAGCUGCUCUCCCCAACGCCAUUUGCGGGCCGCAAGCCCCAAAUACAACCGUUGACGGGCCCAUCGAGGACGCGCAGGACUUGGCUUCGCUGAACCCGUGCCCUCUAAAUGCAUGUUGCAAUAUCUGGGGCCAGUGCGGUAUCGACUCGACCUUUUGUACGAAGUCCAAAGGGCCGACGGAGAAUCCUGGCACGUCGAAGCCUGGGGUCUUCGGGUGCGUCUCAAGCUGUGGGACGGAUAUAGCAAACAAUGAUGAAGGGCCCGGUGAGUACCAGCGCGUUGGGUAUUACGAGACGUAUAACUGGGACCGGAAGUGUCUGCAUAUGCGCUCCGAGGGGGCGAAUACGCUGGAUUACACGCACUUGCACUGGGCGUUUGCAUCGAUAGGUGAGGAUCUAUCGGUAUACGUUAAUGACACCCAUAAACAGUGGGAUGCAUUCAUGGGGUUAAAGGACGUCAACAAGAUUGUGUCCUUUGGCGGAUGGGGGUUCUCAACCGAGCAGGCUACCUACGAUAUUCUUCGUAAGGCUAUGGAGCCUAAGCAACGCGACCAGUUUGUUAAGAAUCUGGUUGCCUUCGCCGAGGAGACUGGCAUAGAUGGUAUUGAUAUAGACUGGGAGUAUCCGGGUGCCCCUGAUAUCCCUGGUGUUCCGGCUGGUCUAAAGUCAGACGGGCCCAACUACCUUGCCACGCUGAAAGCUCUUCAUGAGAAGCUGCCAGACAAGUAUUCCCUUUCGAUUGCGGCUCCGGCUUCGUACUGGUACCUGAAGGCUUUUCCAAUCAGUGAUAUAGCGGAGGUUGUUGACUAUAUUGUGUACAUGGCCUACGACCUUCACGGCCAGUGGGAUUUUGAUAAUGCGUUCGCACAGUCCGGCUGCAAGGGUGGUAACUGCCUUCGCAGCCAUGUAAACGAGACCGAGGUGAACCAGGCGCUCUCCAUGAUCACCAAGGCAGGCGUCCACUCGAACAAGAUCAUGGUCGGGGAGUCGAGUUACGGGCGCUCGUUCAAGAUGGCCGACGCAGGAUGCACCGGUCCAGACUGCUUCUAUAUCAGUACGUCUGAUGGGAAUUCAGCUGCGAAGCCAGGUCGGUGCACAAAUACUGCCGGAUAUAUUGCGGAUGCAGAGAUCAAGGAGAUUAUCUCGCGAGGUGGCGACUCCGUAAAGACUUGGUAUGAUAAUGAGACGGCUUCGGACUAUAUGGUUUAUGACGACCUGGAAUGGACGGCGUACAUGGGAUCUAAUACCAAACAGGCCCGGCGAGACACAUGGAAGAAGCUUAACUUUCGAGGCACAAUCGACUGGGCAGUAGAUCUGCAGCAGUUCAGUAUUGCUGAUGCUGUUGGCGAAACGGGGAACUACAACGAGUCUUCCUGCGUCAAUGUCUUUGACAAUAUCAUCUGGGACUGGGAGAACCCCGUCAUGGAAGCGCCUGUUGGCUGUACCAAUCUCAUCCAGGCAUCGCCACUUGCAACGACAGUGACACGCACUGCGUACACCACGCUGAGCCUUGUCUCUGGAAAUUCGCUCAGCACGACCGUCGUGUCCACUGCCUUCCCAAUAUCCGAGGUCAAUUACCAGCCGUUUACCAUUGCCUCUACCGACACGGAGUCCGGUACCGUCCUCACAUACAAGCCUGUACCUCGUGUAACUCCCAACCCGUUGAGUGUCACGGUGCCAAACGGUUGGACGAUCACCUCCCCCAGUGGCGAGGUUGAUGGCCCAACCUCGACUACGAGUCUAAUCGGGGCUUCAACUACAUAUGACACUACCACUACCACUACUACUACUACAGAUGACAGUGGGUUCCUUUGGGUCGUCACCUGGAAGCCGACAAUAAGCUACAGCCUUCCAUCAAUUAUCAAGCCCAAGCCCCUUGCUCCUACUACCAUUCCCGAAGACGACAACUCUCCAACUCCCACCCCGAAGCCCGGCGUCAUCGACUGCGUCGAUACCAGCUGCACAGUUGGGCCGGACUGUACGGAUGACGACUGCACCCGCGGCGGAGACUGUACUGGACCCGGCUGUACUCGCGGCGGAGACUGCACCGGCCCCAGCUGCAUCCGAGGCGGAGGAUGUACCGGGGAGAACUGUGAAGAGGGAGGCGGCUGUUCAGGAGCCGACUGUAUCUCUGGAGGAGGCUGCUCUGGACCCAACUGCCGCCAGGGAGGUGGGUGUAAAGGCGACAAGUGCAGCUCCGGCGGUGGCUGCGUCAAUACAGCGCUCAAGCAGUGCAGCCCUGGUCCUUGCUCUGGUCCCGGUUGCGGCCCCGAUCCCAACUGUCCUGGCUGCGAUAAUCAAAUCGUCAUUACCGUCCAGCCAUCACCACCAAGUAAUGGUCCGAGGCCGACGCCGAAACCGACCUGUCUAACGAACUGCCCGACCCUUAGUCCUUGCGAGGGCGGCGGCUCAUCCUGCAACGAACCCUGCAAUGUAAACAAAUGUCCACCGAGCAGUAUGCCAACGGACAAGGCCUGCACGAGCUUCAGCACCGCCAGCGACUGCACUGAGUUCGUCAGCAGUACCAAAGUCCAGACGUCGCCGGCCAGCUACUCGACCACUACACGGACGCGGUGCAGCAACACCGUCGACUGUGAUGUCCAGGAUAUGACCGCCACAACGACUAUAACCACAAGUGAAACCCCGGAUCCCACGGCUACCGUGUUUGCCAUUUAUGACUUUAUCCAGGAGAGUAUGGACGAUCAGGACGUGUUCGACAGCAUUGCCUCUGAGUACGAUGAGUGGGAGAAGACUGCAGAUACGGCGUCGCCUACCACCACCACCACAACAACAACAAAGCCAAAGCCGGAUCCAACACCGACUGCCGACUGCGCUUUCUGGGACAAAGGCUGGGGGUGGCACUACCAGAUCUAUAACAUCAGGGGCUGGGUCGAUGACGGCGGAGAGUCGCUGCACGACGAAGAAGACGGCUGCGCGACAUUGACGGGCUGGGAAUGGACCGAAGCAACAGACAACGAGGGUGCAAUGGCCUCCUUCAACACGGACUUCUUUAUGAAGGAGGGUUGCGUCGAGCGCGCGAUCGUGUCUGCCGGGGGGCCGAAGAUCCAGUGUGACGGGCAGCCGAUUGACUGGUUUGAUUCGAAGCACGCCGCGCCUCCUGAGCCGUCGUUGUCGUUGACGCCGGAGCAGGAGCAAGAGGCUAUUGAUGCUUAUGGCGCUGAUGGGCACAUUCCGCAGGGGUCACCGCGUCCUACUUAUACCCCGAUGAACUGGGCCGCGGGGACUUCCGGGACUUCCCACAACGUCAGUACUUCUGCUGUGCCUAGAACGAGGUCACCUUGA